CCUCUUCAGCUCAGCAAAGAGCAAAAGCAGUAGAGUGCAGAAGCAGCACUCCUCUCUCAAAGCGAGGAAGAGCUUACAAAAACAAAACAAAAAGACAUGGACUGAUAUACCUCUAAGAAACAGGCAAAAGAAGAGAAAUUGAAGAUCAUAUUCUUCAUCUAUCAAGCACUAUGUCUCGCCCUGUACACCGAAGACCAGAAUACCAUAAAAUAAAUAAAGAUCUCUUUGUCCUCACCUAUGGAGCUCUGGUUGCCCAGCUGUGUAAGGAUUAUGAGAAGGAUGAAGAUGUGAACCAAUAUUUAGAUAAAAUGGGUUACGGCAUUGGAACGCGGCUUGUGGAAGACUUUUUGGCUCGAUCCUGUGUGGGAAGAUGCCAUAGUUAUUCAGAAAUUGUAGACAUAAUUGCCCAGGUUGCUUUCAAGAUGUACCUGGGAAUUACACCAAGUGUGACCUGUAACAAUUCAAGCAAAAAUGAAUUUUCCCUGAUUCUAGACAAGAAUCCUCUGGUGGAGUUUGUGGAAGAGCUCCCUGCUGGGCGAUCUUCUCUGUGCUACUGCAACUUGCUCUGUGGGAUUAUCAGAGGUGCCUUGGAAAUGGUUCAUUUGGCUGCUGAUGUUACAUUCUUGCAAGACAGACUAAAAGGUGACAGUGUGACAGAAAUAGGAAUAACGUUUCUAAAAAAGCGAGACGAGAAAAAAUAUAGACGGAAAAAAUGAAGAAUAGCACGGAAAAUGCCACAGGGCGGCUAGUUGAGUUAAUAUUAGCUAAACAUGUAUAGACAUAAAAAUUUUGAAUUGCUUCAUAGCGUGAGCUUUGAAAGGUUUAUAAAUCAGCCAGAAAUUUGAAAUGCAGGGCAUGAAGGUUUAAAGGUUUUUUUUUCUUUUGCUUAUAAAUCACACAUUUUCAAUCUCAUGUCCACAAAAUUUCAUAUGCAAAUAACUCCUUAUAAGAUAGCAGGCAGGAAUUCCACAUCUUACACUAUGCAUCCUCAGAGAAGCUGUUCAUUCCAUUCGCGUAUGGUAAUGGGAAAAAAAGCAGCACCAAUACAAACAGUUGUGUAUUUAUCUCUUUGCUGAAAAAAAAAAGCAGGAAAUGAUGUAGCAUAGAGUUUCCUAUAUAUAGACAGUAGUUUCUAGAGACUAUAUAUUGCAUUCCUUAAAUAAAUAAUUCCAUAUUUCUAAAAAAAUAUGAUUUGAUUUUUCUCAUGUAUUAGCUUGGCUUAUAGCUUUAGCCUUCUGAUGCUACCCUUGAUUUGUAAUCACCAAGUCAAGCUAUUUAUUCAAUGAUAAUUUUGAAACAUUUAUAAAUAACAUUUAAUUUUAAUUUAUUUUAAUUUAUUUAGUUUAAAUAUAGCUGGCAUCAACCAAAUUCCUUCCUUUUCUCAUGAAAUAUUGCUUGAUGGUCAGGCCAGAAAACCUCUAAAAUAAAGGAUAAAUAAUAUUCUUUAAAAAUACUUUCUUACCCCAAAGCUUAUUAAUUAAGAAUUUCUACUAGCAUUUUCAUCCUCUAAAAAGUCUUCCAAAGGAUGUUUUCUUUGUGACCAGAACACAUUUAAAAUUCAAAUGUACUGAAUUAAAUACACAGUAAUCUUCACCAGACCACUGGCACACAAGGGCAGCGUACAAGGCAGCCCAGAAUCUACUGGGCUCUGCAGAGAGCCCAAAUUGCAAGUACAAGUUAUAAUUAGUGUGAUACUACCCUACAGAAUUGGAGAAAAUAUUUGUAAACUAAAUAUCUGACACCCUUGUGCUAUUAAUAACCAGAAUAUAUAAGGAGUUCAAACAACUCCAUAGGAAAAAAUUAAUAAUCCAAUUAAAAAUGGGCAAAAGAUCUGAAUAGACAUUUCUCAAAAGAAGACAUACACAUACAAAUGGCAAACAGGUAUAUGAAAAGGUGCUCAACAUCAUUGGUCAUCAGAGAAAUGCAAAUGAAAACUAUAAUGAGAUAUUAUCUCACCCUAGUUAAAAGUGGCUUUUAUCCAAAACAGGCAAUAGUGAAUGCUUGCAAAGACGUGGAGAAGAGGGAACUCUGGUACACUGUCGGUGGGAAUGUAAAUUAGUAUAACCACUAUGGAGAAUGGUUUGGAGGUUCCUCAAAAAACAAAGAAUAGAAUGAUCAUAUGACCCAGCAAACCCACUGCUGGGUAUAUACCCAAAAUAAAGGAAAUCAGUAUAUCGAAGAGAUAUCUGCCCUCCCAUGUUUAUUGCAGCACUAUUGACGAUAGCUAAGAUUUGAAAGAAAUCUAAGUGUCCUCCAACAGAUUAAUGAAAUAAAGAAAAUGUGGUACAUAUACACAAUGGAGUACUAUUCAGCCAUAAAGAAGAAUGAGGUCCUGUCAUUUGCAACAACAUGGAUGGAACUAAAGGUCAUUAUGUUCAAUGAAAUAUGUCAGGACAGAAAGACAGACUUUGCAUGUUCUCACUUAUUUGUAGGAGGUAAAAUUAAAACAGUGGACUCAUGGAGAUAUGGAGUAAAAUGAUGGAUAUCAGAGGCUGGGAAGGGUAGUUUCAAGAGGAGUGGAGACGGUUAAUGGGUACAAAAAUAUAGUUAGAUAGAAUGAAUAAGAUCUGGGCCGGGCAUGGUGGCACAAGCCUGUAAUCUCUGCACUUUGGAAUGCCAAAGUGGGAUGAUUGCUUGAGCUCAGGAGUUUGGGACCAACUUGGGUAACAUAGACCCCUGUCUCU